CAAGAGCGGGGACGGACUCAUUAUAAAAACGAGAAAUUAAUCGUUAAUCUCCUCCGCACGUUCUAUCAUCGGAAAUUUCGAAUCUGCCGUGAGCUCAUCGAUUCGUCCCCCGCAUUCUCUGUGGCGUUUUUUACUCUAAACGUGAGCUGAAAUGGAGAAAGAUCAUGCUGACUCUUCACCUCAGUCUCCACCUAUGAUCUCUGAUAAAGAUGUAGGAGUUGAAGAAGAUGCAGCUGAAACUCAUAUUAGGACAGAAGCUUCAACUACAAUGGUGGUUGAUACUCAGCUACCUGACGCUGCUGCUGAGCCUUGGAGUCAAAGAGAGGACGAUAUAGUUCCAUGCCCGCCUGGUUCCUCACCCCCAUCAAUCUUCUCAUCCUCUGGUCUUUCCUCUUGGGCCAAGAGCUUUAAGUUCCCCCAGCAAGAUCCUAACGGUACGGAUUCUGGUAUGUCCUCAGCUUUCACUAGGUUCACCUCCGAGCUUGGUCUGCAUCUGCCGACAACUAAAGGGCCUGACGAGGUCGGCGAAUCGCCGAACGCACAACAAGUUGGUGGUGGUGGUGGUGGUGGUGCUCUUGAGUCCCUCACUAAAGCCGUGGUGGAUUCGUCGCGUGGUGCCGUGAAAGCAAUGCAGGUGAAAGCACGCCACAUUGUCUCUCAGAACAAGAGGAGAUACCAGGAAGGGGAGUUCGAUUUGGACAUGACAUAUAUAACUGAGAAUAUAAUCGCAAUGGGGUUCCCUGCUGGUGAUAUAAGCUCUGGUCUUUUCGGAUUUUUCGAGGGACUAUAUCGCAAUCACAUGGAGGAGGUGAUCAAGUUUUUUGAAACUCAUCACAAGGACAAAUAUAAGGUCUACAACCUUUGUUCAGAGAGAUUGUACGAUGCUUCAAGAUUUGAGGGGAAGGUUGCAUCUUUCCCGUUUGAUGACCAUAACUGUCCUCCAAUUCAGUUAAUACCAUCGUUUUGUCAAAGUGCGUACACGUGGUUGAAGGACGACAUCCAGAACGUAGUGGUAGUUCAUUGUAAAGCUGGAAUGGGAAGAACCGGUCUGAUGAUUUGCUGUCUUCUUCUAUAUCUCAAGUUCUUUCCUACAGCAGAGGAAGCUAUUGAUUACUACAACCAAAAGAGAUGUCUCGACGGGAAAGCUCUCGUUCUCCCCAGUCAGAUUCGAUAUGUCAAGUACUACGAACGUGUUCAGAAUCAGUUUGGUGGGAAAGUUCCACCUGAACGAAGAUGCAUGCUGAGAGGGUUUCGCUUAAUCAACUGCCCUUACUGGAUCAGACCAGCCAUUACCGUCUCUAACCACAAUGAUAUACUUUUCUCAACAAAGAAACAUGAGAAGACCAAGGAUUUAGUGCCUGAAGACUUUUGGAUUAAAGCACCGAAGAAAGGAGUUGUUGUCUUUGCAAUACCUGGUGAAGCUGGUCUAACGGAACUAGCCGGCGACUUCAAAAUCCACUUUCAAGACAGUGAUGGAGAUUUCUACUGUUGGCUAAAUACUACAUUGACUGAUACCAGAACAAUGCUGAAAGGUAUCGACUUUGAUGGCUUUGAAAAGAGGAGACUACCAGCGCCGGGGUUCCAUGUCGAGAUAGUAAUGGCAGAAUCCACCCAACAACAACCUCAAAGCAGCUCCGGUGCUGAUUCAGGCAAAAUCAAGUCUAAACAGAACAGAGACGAUGAUGUAUUCUCCGACAGUGAUGGGGAAGAGGAAGGAAACUCCAAAACUGUGGACUCUAGUUCAACUAAUGACAAAACUGCAGGCUCGGUACACCAAACUAGUAGAGAUCACCAGAUCAAUGAGCCCCCAAGGACUGAUGACCAUUCUGCUGACAGGAGCGUCACAAGUUCAUCGUCCUCGGGUCUUUAUAAUAAUCCAGUGCAAGACGACUCAUUGGCAGUUAGUAAUAUCAAAGCUAUUGCUGCAGAUGCAUCGGUCUUCUCCUUUGGAGAUGAGGAAGAAGACUAUGAAAGCGACUGAGCUUGAAAAUUCAAGUUUUUACCCCAUAUACACAGUUACAAGUACAACAUUUUUUUUGUAACGACUCUCUCUAUUUAGAUAUAGCUUUCUAAGAGCA